AUGACACAAUCUCAGGCGGCAGAGAAAGAUGCGGCAGCAGUGGACACGACAGCAGCGGCGAGCGCGGUGAACGCGCUGGAGGCAGCUGCGGGACGCGGACAGAGGGCGCGCACGGGCGGGCACGCUCGCGGCGCCGGCGCGGCGGCGGAGAAGGUGCGGGCGGAGAACUGCGCGGCUUGUGGAGCGCGCAACCACGGCUACGGCACCUGUCGCUUUAAGGACUUCGUGUGCAGCAAGUGUCAGCGCACCGGUCAUCUACGUCGAGUGUGCCCGGAGUACGGCGCGCCUGGCGCGGAGAGUUACAACUCGGGUCCUCAACGUAGACGAGACCUAAAGAAGAAGGGGUUCAAUUUCGGCGACUUCGAUAGUGGGACCAGCACAGAAGAGGACGACGUCGAGGAGCGUUUGAACCACCUCGGUUUAGAUAAAUAUCCACCGGUAUGUUUACCAAUAUCUAUUGACAAUAAGAUUAUUGAGAUGGAAGCCGACACGGGCACAGCUAUUGCGUACAGUGAAGUGUUUAGCGGCGGGCUGGGGCGGUACUUGGGCGGCAAAGCGACACUGCGCGUACGCGAGGGCGCGACGCCGGUGUUCCGGCGCGCGCGGCCCAUGCCCUACGCGCUGCGGGAGCGGGUCGACGCGGAGCUCGACGCCAUGCUGCGGGAGAACAUUAUCGAGCCCGUCGAUUGCUCCGAGUGGGCGUCGCCGCUGGUGCCGGUCAACAAGGCUGACGAAAUCAAAACGGCUUUGACUAGCACGGAUGUCCUAGCACACUACGACCCUAAAAAGGUUCUGAUUGUGACUUGUGAUGCUAGCGCUCGCGGCGUGGGCGGCGUGCUAGCGCAGCCUGGGCCGGUCGGGGAGCGCCCCGUGGCGUUUGCGUCACGCUCGCUCACAUCUGCUGAAAAAAAUUACUCGCAAAUCCACCGUGAAGCUUUAUCGAUUAUCUACUGCAUGAAAAAAUUCCAUCAGUACCUUUAUGGCAGGAAAUUUGUCUUACGCACUGAUCACAAGCCGCUUGUUUCCAUCUUUGGACCUAACGCCGGGAUCCCUACAAUGACAGCGAGCAGGAUGCAGCGCUGGGCAGUAAUUUUGUCAGCCUAUGACUAUGAGAUUGAGUACAUCAAGACGAACGAAAACUGUGCCGACGGGCUCUCAAGGUUACCUCCCGGUGCAGAUGCUCAAGCUAGCGCGGCUGAAGUAGUUCCAGAACAAACGUAUUUACAUUUUGUGCAAGAUGCGCUCUUAUUAGACUACAGUCAGCUUAAGCGGCUUACAGCAGAAGACAACAUGUUGCAGAGGUUGCUGUCUUUUAUCCGCGAUGGUUGGCCAGAGACGUGUGAGGUCCUUGCGAUGAGGCCAUACUUUAACCGACAAUCGGAAUUGUAUGAGGAGUUAGGUUGUGUAAUGUGGGGCCAUAGAUUAGUCGUGCCGGAAAGCUGUCGUAAACAAAUUUUAGAUCUUAUUCACGAGCCACACAUGGGUGUAGUAAAGUCGAAAGCUAUUGCGCGGAGUUACGUAUGGUGGCCUGGAAUCGACGAAGCUUUAGAGCGUAAGUGCCUCGCUUGCACAGUAUGCGCUGUGCACGCGGACGACCCUCCUCGCGCUGCACCACGCCCCUGGGGAUGCCCUGCGCGAGCUUGGUCCAGGCUUCAUUUAGACUUCAUGGGCCCUAUAGCCGGAAAAACGUAUUUAGUAGCCGUAGAUGCGACGUCCAAGUGGCUAGAGGUAUUUUCGGUCCCCAGUACGGCAGCAAAGUUUACUGUUAAUAAACUUAGCGAGCUUUUCAGUAGGUUUGGGAACCCUAGACAAGUUGUGACUGAUAACGGCCCUCCGUUUACUAGCAACGAGUUUGAUAAUUUUAUCAAAAACGAGCGUGUUGAGCACAUAUUUACACCACCUUACCAUCCUGCGUCUAAUGGGGCCGCGGAGAAUGCAGUAAAGACUUUAAAGAGGGUAAUUAAAAAGGCUUUGACGGAAUCCAAGGAUGUUGACAUGGCUUUACAUACCUUCUUAAAACACUAUAGGAAUACUAACCAUGCUAGUACUGGUGAAACUCCUGCCGCGAUUUUGCAGAAAAGACACCUUCGUACAAAGUUAGAUGCUCUUAAACCCGACUUAGUCUUGGAAGUCCUAAACGAUUCGCCUAAUAGUGAGAAGUCAGGAGUUCGGACCUUUUCUGUAGGUCAAGAUAUUUGGUUCCGCCAAUACCUUAAGGGGGAGAAGUGGCUACCGGGUAAGGUAAUUAGCUCUACUGGACCAAGCGACUACACGGUAUCCGAUAUUACAACCGGCAAGCACAUUCAUAGGCACGUCGACCAGUUGAGGAGACGUGUAGGGAUACAACCCGUAACCCGCUCAGAUUCCGAGUGUGUCGCGUCGACGAGUAGGUCGCUAGCUAUGCCCUUGCCUGACGGUACUCGCACGGGGUCGGUUCAGUCCGAAAUCCCGUUUACGUCUACGCCGACAGAUGAAACGGUUCCGCUUAGUCCGGCACCAGCCGCGUACACCACACCGACGGCAAUCACACCAUCGCCAGCUGUGCCGUCGCCGUCAACUUCUUCCGCUGUCGCCACAUCGGCCAACGUGCCACAGACCUAUUCCGUGUCUGACACCCCCGUACCGCCCGAACCUCGCCCAGUUCGUAAAUGUCGACUUGAUAAGGUUGUUUGUUAUAAGGAGUAG